GUCAUAAAGUCAGAAUUUCGUCUUUUCAUUCUUCCGAAAAUGGCCGCUUCAGGAGGAAAUAUUGAAUGGUCAACAACUGUAAAACCAAUUUUAACAGCGCUAUAUGGCCCAUUUUUCGACAAAAAUGAUGUUGUAGAAAAUAUACAAGCCAUCAUUAAAAGUGAGAGUGAAUUCCAGAACCAUGAAGACAUUUACGACCUGUUCUACACAUGCUUUGCUUGCCUUUCGGCACACUUCAUCAGCAUAAAUGCAAACAAUUUGCCUAGUGACCAGCUGAGCACUGCUCGCGAUGCAUUUAGAAUCAUACUUAGACAAAUACUCAAGAAGCUCUCUGAAGCCGGAUUGAGCUAUGAUGACACUUCAGCCACUACUGCACCAAGCAUCUCUGUCAAGCAGCUCUUGCUCCCCAUUGUGGGACUCUGCGGCAUUGAUGGCGGUGGCUACCCACAAUCGGACUUAGUAAUUUUGACCUCUUUGCUGAAAAAUGCAAAAUUACCAGCACAUGUUAAUGCACCAGAAACACAAACUACAAAGUCGUCUGUGAUUGCAAGCCCAAUCACAUCAUUAUCAACUCAGUCUGCAACAUCUGAGAAACAGCCACCGUCGAAUGCCCAGCGGCGAUCUGAUGCGCUUCUUGAGCAGUUGACGGCACCUUUGAGGAACCCUGUAACUUCGAUGAUGACAUCUCAGGCCCAACCAGUCCCCACAGUUCUGUCUCCUGUUAGUAAAGACAGCAUUGAAAGUAAUAAGGAUGGGAAUGCUACCCCACAGUCUGCUAUUGAUGUUAAGAAAUGGGUGUCCACAACCUGCGCGUCUAUACUGAUGGAGCUGCGCGCGGGCUCCGUAGUCCUGAAGGUGUGCUCGUCUCUACCGUGUCUGCAGCGGUACCUGAACCGCUGGCAGGCGGCCAAGGACAGUGCCACAGCGCCACAGUUCAACUCAGAUGCAUCUCUGUUACAUUUCCUGGUGAAUGAGGUCCAUGUGUGCAGACUUGCCCUGUCUUUACCAUGCCUCGAACCGUUUACAUCGGAUCGAAUCGCCACACUAAGUGACAUUAGUACUGCUUGGCUGCUUUGUGCCACUGCACAGGCUUCCCUUCAUCCAAAAGACGAGGAAAUGGAACAACAGACAGCUACACUUGUGGAGAGCGCCCUCAGUUUGUACAGCACAGUCGGGGAGACAUUCAAACAGUCCACACGUGCCGGCGGUUACAUAUAUCAAAACCACUUGAUGAUCGGUGGCUGGGUGUUGCUAUGCGGUCUACAUCACGCUCUGGCGGGCGCGCCGUGCCCCUCUACCACACCGGGGAAGAGUCCCGCCAAGACACCUUCGAGACCAUACAAUUUGACUAAAAUGCAACAAGGGCUGGGCGUGGUGUGGGUGGCCCUGGGCGGGCGCUGCCUGGCGUGGGUGGGCGCCUUAUUGGCGGACGCUCGUUUGGAAGCCCUGAGCGUGGGGCGCAGCGUGUCCAGCGCGCCGUCCGCGCCGCUGCACGUCCUGGCGCAGCACACGGCGCACCAGCGGGAGCUGCGGCUGGCUGCGGCCGCGCCGCUGCAUCAGUUAUUGGUGGCGCUGGGCGUGGUAUGCUACCGCAAGGCCACCAACCUGAAGCGCGCCGUGGUACAGAAGCAGCACCAGGACGCGGACCCCGACCGCUCGGACUCCACCGUCUACUUCCAGGACAUGAUCCUCUGCUCCGAGGACGAGGAGACUGAUGAUGCAGACAGUGAGCCGCUAUUCGGGCUGUGGUUCGAGUCUACGCUGGUGGCGCCAGAGGCCUCAGACGGUGGUACGAGAGCCCCCAACGAGGCUAAUCCUAGCGACGCCCCCGCAAGGCAUAACCAUCCUAUAGUGCCGGAUAAAUCAGAACCCUACUCGUACAUAACAUUGGCGACAGAAGUGUUUACCCUGCUGACAGAUGAGAUCAUAAGCGAGGGUUCGGACCGACUCGGCCAGACUGCGUUACAGCUACACGACGCACACCAGGCUUUGCUCGCGGCACUGGCCAAGGAUCUCGACAGGGAGACCGCUCGCACUGAUACAGGCACAAUAUCAUCGUGUUUCGGGGCGCGACUGGGCGCGUUGUACGGCGCGUUCAGUUCCGCGCUGGUGCGCUACUUGCACAACCUGACCGGCGCGCCCGCCUUCGCGGCGCUGCAGCCGGCGCUGCAGCAGCAGCUGCUGUGUGCCGGCUCCGAGAGAACCAACAUGAUGCCGCUACAGGUCGGUCCCCGUGUAGUGAAGUUGCUCGGAGGGAUGGUACUCAGCAAAUCAGCGGCCGAAAGAGAGAACAGUAUCUUAGCAAUGUGGCAUAAGAUCGUGAACACACUGCAAGAGUGCGCCCUCCUAUCGCAACCAUCGCAGGACCAUGAUUAUGAAGAUUUAAAUGUCGAGCACGCCCAAUUGUUGGUGUAUUUGUUUCAUUCGCUGACUCUUAUGCAGAAGAAAUCUGUACUUCUGAUGACUUCUAACGCCAUCAUCAAGGUGGUAGAAACCCUGGCUAUCAGCGACAGAAAGCGUGCGAUGACCCUAGCUCCUCAUCAACUGAUGCUGACCACGCGCCUCAUGCUGCUGCUGGAGUACCUGAUGAGGCAUCUGUAUGACGCGCCACAGACUCUGCUGCAACAGAUCGAAUGGAACCUUGUGAUCGCGCCCGGCCUCGCGCAGCCUACGUCCGAGUCCGCCACUAACGGCGCCAAGACGACCACAGACAAUGGACAGUUGAAAGCGCGCAUUUACUGCGAAGUGCCCUUCAUUGAGCAGGCCUACAGGAGGCUGUCGCAGGACGAGACGUCUAUGAGGCCCAAGUUCUAUGCUCUGACUAAUGCUGAGAUCAAUAAUCAGGAAAAUCCUAAAUUCGACGGUUUGGCGUGCAACUUCGUACUCGGCACGCCUCACAAGCUGAAGUACCCGUUGUUACUGGACGCACUAUUGGCGCUUCUCAAUUCCGCUUGCGUGUGCGACAAUCCGCAGUACGCUUCGUCGCCCACCGCUCUCGCCGCGGCGCAUUACUGCUUCCAGACUGCUUGGAGAUUGGUGAUAAGCAUGCCGCCCGCUACUCCUCACAUGGACAAGCUCCAAGCGGGCACCAGCGCCGAUUUGCCGUCGCCAUUGCCUCUGCACGCGGUCAUUUGGGCACCGAGAGCUGAUAACAAGAAGGUGUUCAAUCCGUGGCUGAAAGACGCGCUCGUCAAGCAGGGAAUGUACACACAGUAUGCGGAAAAUCUUCUUGCUGGUGUUAGCACAUCCUGCGAUAACAUAAAAUACACCGCCUGGCUGGCAUCUGAGACUAUCAAGCAUUUGAAGCAAAAUAUUACUGCAAGUGGAUUGCCAUCGCUGUUGGAUGUAAUUUCUUGCGACUCUGUCUUAGUGAGACUGAAAGUUUGUCUCGCCGAUACCACCUCGGCCACGGAGGCGCAUCAGUUUAUGCCUGAUUUACUGGAUCUGCUCGAAACUAUAUUGGAUUGUUGCCGACUAAGCGCAAGCGCGGAACUCGAGCCCCUAAUGGAGGUGUCGUCGAACGCGUCGGAAGCGGGCGUGGUGCGCGCCCGCCUGCAGGUGUGCGGCGGCGGCGCGCGCGCGGCGGGCGGCGCGGCGGGCGGAGCGGCGGGCGCGCCGUCGCUGGCCGCGUGGCUGCGCGCGCACCUGCCCGCGCCCGCGCUGGCCGCCCUGGACCGGCUGGCGUCGCCGCCGCCGCUCGCGUGCAUGAACUUGGCCUUUUACGCGUCGGACAUAAUACCAUCAGAGAGCGCGGUGCUAACCUUGGUGACGUCACACUGUGAGCUCAUCAGCGCCAAUCCCAAAUAUUCCAUCGGACCCUCACUCAUGAUGCUGGCGUACUCCGCCGCUAAACUGUUGGAAGUUGGAGCUUCGAAGCUGGCUGACAACCCUGAUCUUACUAAGAAGACAUUGGACCUUAUUGUUCCCGCAUUGACUGACGAGCGACUCGAGUUCAUGUCUGAGCCGCUGACCGCGACCCUUAAUACCCUGGUUCCUCAGCCGCAAAAGUCGGAGCAACUCAUACAUGAGCAUAUCUUGAGGACCACAUAUAUGGUCUUGGUGGACCAUCUUCAACCAUCGACGGAGAAAACCCUCAGACAUAUGGUGAGGUACUGGGAGAAGAUCUUGGAACGCCAACCCGGCAGGCAGGCGUACGAAUCCGUAUUCACUGACAACUCGAUCUAUUCGCUCGGCAAAAUUCUGCUCUCGGCACCCAACGCACGGAAUGCUUAUUCUGAACGGGUUAUCAAACUUUUCAUCAAAAUAUUCACCGGUUGCGAAGCCACUGAAUUCGGCAGCGCACUUUGUAUCUCCGCGUGCAAGUUCAUCGGCGUCGCUGAUCAGCAAAAACUGUCUAGCUUGCUGUCGCACAUCUGCCUCGGCUCGCCUGCCACGGCCACUGGGUCGCCAAUAACAGCCAAUGGCACUCCUACUGAAACGGAACUGCCCACACCGACCUCCUCCGCACCGGACGCGGGCGGCAAUCCGGCGUCUCUCGCGCUGAGGAACGCUUUGCGAAGCGUGUUCCGUGUCGACAGCGAUUCUACGCAACGCAACGAUUCGGCGCAGAGGACUGAUUCGGAACUGCCAGUUUUUGAUGCUCCCUCUCCAGCGCCAAGAGCUCAAUCUGAAACUGCGCAGCAAUCUGGAAAUUCAGAGAGUUGCAGUUGGUCAGACGGCAGCAAAGAAAGCGCCGCCACCACUGGCGCAGUCGCACUUACUGCCGAGCCCGCCCCGCCGCCAUUGGGCGACGUGGCCAACGACAACGCCACGCUGCUGACGCUGCUCUGCAAACACGUAGUGCUGCAUUGCACGGCGGAUGUGAGCGAGCGCAUGCUGGUCGCUCUGAUCGGUGUUUGCGGCGAGAUCCCUUGCUCACCUUUACUACUGCGCGAAAUGUGCCGGCUGGCGGACGCCCACGGGGGCAAGAAUCAUAAACAGUUAUUAUCGGCCGCGCUGCACUGGCUUGCUGCUUGCGUGGACAAUCUAAGCAGCCCCGAAGUAUUGGAGAAGCUAGAAGAGGGCCAAGUGGACGGAACUCUCGCGCCGCAAAUAGAGUCGGCUUGCGUACUACUGUCGUACCUUUCGGACGCACUGCACGCUAUCAACACAGCUCAGUCUCAUACUUGGCGUUCAGUUAGCCCGACUUGGGAGUCACCCUCCGACCUCGGGUUCGAGCUGGACUACACGGACGAACAGCAGGACGACGAUGACACUAGUGCUGAUGAUUCAGAUGAAGACGCAAUGCUGCAAUACAAACUAUGCACAUUCACGGUGACACAACGUGAAUUCAUGAAUCAGCACUGGUACCAUUGUCACAGUUGCAAAAUGGUGGACGGCGUUGGUGUGUGUACAGUAUGCGCAAGAGUGUGCCACCGCGGUCACGACGUGUCUUAUGCCAAGUUCGGCAACUUCUUCUGUGACUGCGGCGCUAAGCCAGAUUCCAGUUGCCAAGCCCUAGUGAAGAGGUCGGUGACGCUGGGCGGCGGUAGAGCGGGCGCGGGAGGCGCGGAGUCCCCGCCCCCGGCGCCGUCCCUGCGCAGGCUGGCGUCCAGCCCCACGCCGCCCGCCGUCCUGGCGCAGCCCAGGAGGCCGCAGCUCGCCGCUAACAUACAAGGGUGCCGUUCGUACCUGCAAUCGUACUCCGGCUGGGGCGCGUGCCUGGAGCGCGUGCGGCGCCUGCUGGAGGCGCUGUGCGGGCCCGUGCGCGCCGCGUGCUCGCGGGCCGCGCCCACCGGCGCGCACGGCCGCGCCCAGCGCGCGCUUGCGCAGCUACACCUGGGGGAGAAGAAGUUCACGCACACCGACACGCUCAUGUUGGCCACGCUCGGUUCACAGGAGGGUGCUUUCGAGAACGUUCGCAUGUCGUACACGGGCGAGAACGGCCAGACCAUCAGACAGCUGAUGUCCACGCACAAGCUGCGGCGGGUCGCUAUGUGCUGCCUCGCGUCGCCGCAGGGCCGCCGACAGCACCUCGCCGUAUCUCACGAGAAAGGAAAGAUAACAGUACUCCAACUGUCAGCGCUGCUAAAACAAGCGGACUCGUCCAAACACAAGCUAACUCUGACUCGUCUCUCGUCGGCGCCCAUCCCGUUCACGGUGCUCAGCCUGAGUGGCAACCCCUGGAAUGAGGAGCUGCUGUGUGUGUGCGGGCUCAAGGAGUGCCACGUGCUGACCUUUAACAGCGGCGGUGCCGUGGCUGAUCAUCUUGUGCUGAACACUGGAUUAGAAGCGAACAAUUACGUGAUCAAAGCGAUCUGGCUUCCUGGGUCUCAAACGCAACUUGCACUUGUCACUUCAGACUUCGUCAAGAUAUUCGACCUCAGCAAGGACCUUAAUAAUCCUAUGCAUCACUUUUUGGUGCCCAGUGGGAAGGUGCGGGAUGUUACGUUCGUGAACCAAGACAACGUCACGCAUAUGCUUUGUAUGAGCUCCGCGGGACAUAUCUACUGGCAGCCAAUGAGCGAGGAAUCACGCGCCGCUCUUGGCACUUUCUACGUGACUAAUACGCUGGAAGUUUUACAUCCUGAGAUACAGGAUGUUGCUGGUUUAGUAGGCGGUGGAGGCGUAUCUAUCUACUACUCUCAUACGCUUAAGAUGUUGUUCUUUUCGUACGCCCAAGGCAAGAGCUUCUUAGCGCCCCUCAACACUGUCGAAGAAAGCGUUAAAGGCACCGCAAUGAUAACCCUGUCAUCGUCCGCGCCUGCCAAGGAAGGUGGUCGCGGCAAGCAAGGAGUGCAGUCUCUGUGCCAGUGGGCCGAGGUGGCCGGCCACCCCGGACUGGUCACUGCUGUAAUGCAGGCCUCUAACAACCCCGUCGUCUUGAUGCUCACGCCCAACAACAUUUGUGUGCAGGAGAUCAAGGUGUUGCCAGCCAAAGCCAAGAUCACGGAUAUGGUCGCCGUGCGGCACUGGUGCGGUGGCGGUGGAGAACAGAAGAGCACGCUCAUAUUGCUGUGCGAGGACGGCAGCCUGCGGAUGUACGCCGCCAACCCCGAACUCACCGGGUACUGGUUGUCCCCUGCCAUUCAGCCCACUCACGCGCCGCGUCGUCGACCACGAACGCUUGCCCACGCUAGCCGCAAUAAACAACAGGCUGCCACGAAAGCCAAUGCUAACGGCGCGCCACAGUUCCCGAUUGACUUCUUCGAGCACUGCGUAGCGAUGACCGACAUCGAGUUUGGAGGCAACGAUCUCCUGCAGGUGUACAAUACGGCGCAGAUCAAACAUCGUCUUAAUACCACCGGAUUAUACGUAGUAUCGACAAAGAUGAGCGGCUUCUCUAUGGAAGUCAUCAACUCUGAUCCUAACAUGGUCAUAUGCGGUAUCAGAGUAUUGCUUGGAACUCAAGACGUCGCCAGAACACCCUCUUACGUUGAGGUUUACGGAAGAUCAGUUCAGACAAAUGUGGUCCGCAACCGUUGGUUCGACAUACCGCUGACGCGCGAGGAGUCGCUGCAGUCUGACAAGAAACUUGUCAUCAACUUUGGACCUUCUCAAGAUCCUGAUGGAGUCACUACGGUCGAUUCUGUAAAGGUUUAUGGCAAGAAUAAAGAACAAUUUGGCUGGCCUGAAGAGAAUGAAGACCCCUCAGCUUGUCCUUCAUCUAGCAAAGUGGCUCAGGAGUCCGAAGCCAAUAGCGGCGCCUGGAAACCCAGCUCCCUCGAGCGGUUAGCGUGCGCAGCGCUCGAAGCACUUGAACUCGGCGCCGGCGCACUACCAGCGACGGGCGCUGCAGCGGCUGGAAGUGCUGGAAGUUCUAGUGGUAUCGGCGAAGGCGGCGCUGAAGCGGCGAGAAAACUGCUCUGUGCACCCGCAGGAGCACAUUUACAUGCUCGCGCUCAGUGUUUGUUGAGGGCGCUGCAUCAUACGCAUUAUCAUCAAUUUAAGGACCAAGCGAUAUUGAAAUACGUGUGCACAUCGCUACAAGAGCUGCGCGACACUGCGGAUGCCCGCAACAUUGACCCUGAAGCGUACUUCCGUCUGGUGUUACUUGCGCGAGGAGUAGCUGUCGCUCGUCCACAACAUCUCGUGAAGUACAGCGCGCCCACGCCAGAGAGACCGCCCAAAGGCGACUGGUCUAUCUUCUGGAAAGACGUGUUGCCGCAAGAGGGCAAGGAGAAGGAGAGCCACCUGUGCGCGCUGCUGAGCGGCGUGCUGUGGCGGCUGGCGGGCUGCCGCGGCGCGGUGCCGCCCGGCGUGCUGCAGCACGGGCUGCGGCACGCCGACCACACGCUGCACGCGCUCGCCGACAUCGUGCACGCCUUCCAGAUGCACGCCGACGCCGACUGUGUCGACUUUGGAAACCAAAUCUACCUAUCAUUGCUUCUCGCUGAAGAUCAAAGCAUCAGUUUCGGCGCCAAAGCGGCGCUGAUGAGAGUUCUUAGACCGAGGGUCAAGAGGCGAAGAGUUUAUAUUCCUUCGCCGCCAAACACUCCAGGUGCUGGGUCGUCAGUGACCACCGCACAACCAACGAGUUCGAUCACAGAAGCGGUCGUGUCGGAGUCUGAACUCGGCGCUAAUCGCGACGAACAACAAGACAAUCAAUUCAUGGAGGUUGACGAUUCACUCGAGCCAAUGGUUCUUUUAGCUCCUGAAGGAGGUCUUGAAGCUCUCCUGGACAUUCCUCCGGACGCAGACGAUGAAACAAUGGUAGAACUGGCCAUUGCACUGUCACUACAAGAACAGCCUCGCCGCGCUCCCCCCGCGCCUUCCGCGCCCCCUCCCCCCGCGCCUGGCUUCAGCGACGCCACCGCCUCGCCUCCUGGAUCUGACGACGAAGGCAGCACAGCGGCCACAGAUGGCAGCACAUUGCGCACUUCCCCAGCAGAGCCGCCCGGCUCCGCUGGCUCUGAGAGCGGCGGCUCCGGGGCUGAUAGUAUUGGCGGAGUGUCGGGUCGCAGCAGUGCUUACGGAGAAAUGGUGGGCGCACCCUCAGCGGGCACGAUGCCCCUCUCCAAUGCCGCGCCUGUUGCUAACGCAGCUGGCCCAUCAACAUCUUCAUCGCAGCCUGUCGCGUCCACAUCCCGAGCGGUGGAGGCAGAGUCUGAAACGCGUAAACUUCAUGCGCUACGUCUUUCGUUGCUGUCGGCCGCUCUGGAUGCCCUGCCAUCUCUCAGAUCACUUCCUGGAGUGCGCGCCAUACCAUUUGUACAGGUGGUACUUAUGCUAGCCAGCGAUCUAGAUUCAAGCGUGGAAGCGGAUCGCGCCAUUCUCGACAGACUAUUAGAGCUUCUAGUUUCGGAACUGGACAUCCAAGUGGAAGAGACACAAUCUACAGAAGAACGUACAGAUAAACGAGAGUUGCAGCUUGCUAUCAUGCGGUUAGAGUUGCUCGUGUCGGAGUUGGACUCUGGGGAGGAGACCACGCCCCCAAUACAUGAGAGAACCAAUAGGAGGGAGCUGCAAUUGGUCAUCAUGAGAUUGCUCAGCGUCUUAAUGGCUCGUUGGAAGACCUCGGGCUCCAGCAGCGGCUCGGGCGCCACAUCCAGCCGCGCAGAAGUAUCGGGCAGCGCGUGCGCAGCGCACGUGUCUCGGCUGGCGGCCGCCGCGCUCGUACGGGCCGGCGCGCCACAACACUGCUAUAGAGUGCUAGCUGCUCUGCUGCCGUAUUGGAAGGAGAAGACUAACAACACUAGUGCGACAACACCUGGACAACAGCUUUUGAAGCCCCAACCUCCACAACCAUUGCCGGAUAUGCAGCCGUUCUUUGUCAAAGAAUAUGUCAAGAGUCACGCCUUGGACGUAUUUGACAACUACCCUCAAUUACUGAUGGAAAUGGCGCUCCGUCUUCCAUGUCAGAUCCACAAACAUUGCGAUCCGUCGCACUUUGACGCCCGCUGGAGAACACUUCUAUGCGAAUAUAUGAUGAACCAGCAGACUCCGCUCAGGAAACAAGUGCGCAAAUUGCUUCUGUUACUGUGUGGAACUCGCGAGCGUUACCGUCAGUUGCGAGACAUACACGCGCUCGAUACGCACUUGAAUGCGGCGCGAGCGCUGAUGACUACCGACCCGGCGUACGAUAAGCUGGUGCAACUCAUGGAUCAUCUUAAGGCCUGCGCGGAGAUAGUGAGCGCUCGCACCGGCAACUGGCAGCACACGUGCGCCGUGGAGCGGGCGAGCGCGCUGCCGUGGCUGGUGAGCGUGGCGCGCCGCGUGCACCCGCACGUGGCGCCCACCGUGCUGCAGCUGCUGCAGUGCGCGCUGUGUGCGCCGCAGCCGCCGCCGCCCGCCAGCAAGCAGUCUGCGUCGGAGUGGCCGCCCGAGCGCGAGCGCAGCGCCGACAGCGACGCGUUCGUGAGCGACGGUUCCAAGUUCCAGGAGCAGCGCGUGCCGGUGCUCGUGCAGCAGAUACUCAAGCAGGUAUCACAAGACGAACUGAAAAUGUUCGUGAAGGCGUUCUUGCUCGAGACAAACUCGACUGCUGUGCGCUGGCAAGCUCAUGCUUUGUUGCUUGCCAUUUACAAUAACUCGUCUCAGCCAGAACAAGCGUCGCUGGUGUCCCUCCUGUGGGGCAUCUGGCCAACUUUGCCGCAGUACGGACGCAAGGCGGCCCAGUUCGUAGACCUCUUGGGGUACUUCACGCUGAAGACGCCCAAUAUUGAUACAGAGAAAUUCAUCGGCAGCGCGGUGGAUCUUCUGCGCAAUCAGAACCAACUGCUAUCAUCUCAUGGAAACGCCGCCCUAUACGCCGCCCUCGGCGCUUACGUGGAACUCGACGGCUACUACCUCGAGUCGGAGCCCUGCCUGGUCUGCAACAACCCGGAGGUGCCCAUGGCCACCAUCAAACUGCCCACUAUCAAGAUCGACUCGAAGUUCACUACGACGACACAGAUCGUGAAGCUGGUGAACAGCCACAUGAUCAGCCGCAUCAGCCUGCGCAUCGGAGACAUCAAGCGCAGCAAGAUGGUGCGCACCAUCAACUUCUACUACAACAACCGCACUGUUCAAGCUGUGCAGGAGUUGAAGAACAAACCGAGCAUGUGGCACAAAGCCAAGCGUGUACAGCUGCAGUCGGGCCAGUCGGAAGUGCGAGUGGACUUCCCUUUGCCAAUAGUCGCGUGCAAUCUCAUGAUGGAAUACGCUGAUUUCUACGAGAACCAACAAGCUACCGGUGAAUCGCUGCAAUGCCCCCGCUGCUCGCAGUCAGUGCCCGCCAACCCUGGCGUAUGUGGCAACUGUGGGGAAAAUGUGUUCCAAUGUCACAAGUGUCGGGCUAUAAACUACGACGAAAAGGAUCCGUUCCUGUGUCACGCGUGCGGUUUCUGCAAGUACGCCAAGUUUGACUACACACUGACCGCACGGCCGUGUUGUGCUGUGGAUACCAUAGAGAAUGAUGAAGAGAGAAAGAAGAUGGUGCAGACUAUAGGUGCCUUGUUGGACAAGGCCGAUAGGGUCUACAGGCAACUGGUGGCUAACAAACCUGUUAUGGAAACCCUCCUCCACAAGAUUAGCGAGCACCGCCUGGAAGGCCGCACCGGCGACGAGAACAGCAACGCUAGCAACACCUCGUUCAGCGGCGCUCAGAUCAACCGCGUCAUACAGACUCUGGCGCACAAGUACUGCGUCGAUAGCAAGGGGCACUUUGAGGACUUGUCCAAGAUCAUACAGAAGGUGCUGGCUUGCAGAAAAGAGUUGGUGACCUACGACCGCUCCCAAAGUGAGCAGCUCAAGGGAGAUACUCUACCCGUGUACGCGGGACUUGUGCAGAACUACGAUGGUGACUUCACUAAAGAAUCCGGUGGAGGCUGCUACGGCUGUUCGCUGGCGUGCGCCGAGCAAUGCUUGACGUUGUUACGCGCUCUUGCGUCGCAACCUGAACAUCGCACAAGGCUAUGCCGCUUUGGCUUGGUCCACGAGCUGGUGCAGCACAACUUGCAUCGUGGUACUCCACAGUGCCAGGAAGAAGUCCGUGCUCUGAUCUGCCUGGUGACUCGCGACAAUCUGCCGGCCACAGAACAACUGUGCAACCUCCUUUCGCAGAGAAUCACUCUCUCGCUCAUGGGACAUGCCGCUUCGCAAGAUCAUAACAAUUCGGUGCGUCCAUUGGUACUGUUGUUGGGUUCGCUAGUGAGAGUACAAGAUUCUACAGAAUGCUGGGAGGCAAGACUGCGGUGCAUCGUUAAACUUUGGGUUUGGUGUUGCCCACAACUGACGGAAGUGGCUGGCAUUCCGCCCGCAGCACAAACCAUCCUGAACGCUGAUGCUCUGGCCGGCAUUCCGGGCAUCAAUACUUCUUCUCCCAACUCUCAUCAGUUCGCGCUGCAACAAGUAGCUUUGCCGUGCCUCCGCUACAUGCAAGAUAUAAUGUUUCCCGUCACUCCAGUACCCUCCACUACUUCUUCAGACUCAGCUGAGCAAAACAAGGGAACUAAGCAGGAGCCGGUAAUGACAAUAAUAACACCGAGCGACAUCUCCUCUUCCACCGGCAACGUGGUGGUGGAUCUGGCGGCCUGGCUGGCGGGGAAGGUUCCUCACUCGCAGUGGAGACGGCUGACUGCCUCCAGGGAGCCCCCGCCCGGGGACUCCGAGCUGCCGACCAGGGACUUCCAUCUGGCGCAGAAGUACCUAGGAAAGUGGCGGGAAAAGACGCUGCUAUCUCACGGCAUGCGAACAUUAUCGCUGGAGCCCGGCGGCUGGCUGCGGCCCCUGUUGUUCGACCCCAGCUCCCGCUUUGCGCGCGACACCGCCUGCCAGAUGCUCAAGUGUCUGUGCGACUGCUACGAGCAUACCAAUGCGGUGUUGAUCCUUCUGACGAGUUUCCUACCAGAAGUCUGCACUGCUGGAGAAGCAAGUGAACAAUUUUUUGUACUGUAUCAAAGGCUAGCAGCUCAGGCGCCAUGGAAUCAAUUACUUGCUUUACGCGGCGUGUUGCAGCAAAUCGCUGAUCUCAUGACCAAGGAGAUCGAACAACUACAUCGCCUUGAAGAGACCACUCUCACUUCCGAUCUUGCUCAAGGGUACGCUCUCAAAAAAUUGACCGAGCUUCUUAGUCUGAUCCUGGAAGAAGAUGGUGCCCGUCGCGCUUACAAGACAAGACUAGUGGGAGCCGUGUUAGGCGGCUAUCUGGCUUUACGUCGCCUCGUCGUGCAGCGCACGCGGCUCACUGACGACACGCAGGAGAAACUGCUCGAAUUAUUAGAGGAGAUGACUACUGGUACCGAGGCAGAAACUGCCGAGUUCAUGGCAGUAUGCAUCGAGACCGUGAAGAAGUAUCCUCUCCACGACUACCGCACUCCGGUGUUUAUCUUCGAGCGGCUCUGUUCCAUCAUCUACCCGGAGGAGAACGACGUCGGAGAAUUCUUCUUAACGCUGGAGAAAGACCCACAACAAGAAGACUUCUUGCAGGGCCGUAUGUUAGGCAACCCCUAUUCAUCGUUGGAGCCAGGCAUGGGUCCCCUCAUGCGUGAUGUCAAGAACAAGAUCUGCACUGACUGUGAGCUGGUGGCCUUGUUAGAAGAUGACAACGGCAUGGAACUGCUUGUGUGCAACAAGAUCAUGUCGCUCGACUUACCCGUCAAAGAGGUCUACAAGAAGGUCUGGUGUACAUCAGGAGAAGGUGUAGACGCCAUGCGUGUAGUGUACCGUAUGAGAGGUCUACUGGGCGACGCCACUGAAGAGUUUGUGGAGACCCUCAGCCAGACCAACGCCGAGGCUGUGGACGACGAGCAGGUGUACCGUAUGGCGAAUGUAUUGGCGGAUUGUGGCGGUAUCGAAACAAUGCUGGAGCGUUUAGCGGCCAUCCAGCGCGUCGGCGUAGCGCGCUCCCUGUGCUCGACGCUGCUGCGGCUGCUGGCGCUGUGCGCGCGCGUGCGGCGCUGCGUGCGCGUGCUGACGCGCGCCGACACGCGCGCGCUGCCCGUGCUGCUGCACGCGCUGCACCUCGCCGCCAUUGAGGAGAGGGGCAUGCCGCAGGCCACGCUCGUCUAUCAGCUGCUAGAGAUUAUGGAGCGCAUACUCUCAGUGGCGGCGAGCGAAAGUCUCGAAUCAUUCCUUCAAUUCUCCUUGACAUUUGGCGGACCCGAAUACGUUCAAGCAUUACUCAACUGCACAGAAUGUCCAGGAAUACGAAACAACUCUGUCGCAUUGGGCCACCUUACCCGCGUUCUGGCCGCUCUGGUUUACGGCAACGAUCUCAAAAUGGCGAUGCUGGUGGAACACUUCAAACCAGUCCUAGACUUCGACCGGCUGGACUCGGAACAGUGGACGGAAGAAGAGUUCCGUAUGGAGCUGUUCUGCGUACUCUGCGCUAAUAUAGAGAGGAACUCCAUUGGCGGAACGCUGAAGGAUUAUCUGAUAUCGUUGGGUGUUGUUAGAGAUGCGCUCGAGUAUAUUGUGAAACAUGCCCCGUGUGUGAAGCCCACAUUAGUUUGCACCGACUCUGACGAGCUGAAAGAGUUCAUCAGCCGCCCCGCGCUCAAGUACAUACUGCGGUUCCUCACUGGACUCGCCGCCGACCAUGAGCCGACUCAGAUGCUUGUUUGCGAGAAAGUGAUCCCAAUAGUUCACCGUUUGGAACAAGUAUCGUCUGGUGAACACGUGGGCUCGCUGGCGGAGAACCUUCUGGAAGCGUUGCGCUCGCAGCCGCAGUGCGCCGCCAAAGUGCAGGAAGUGCGCGACUUCACUAGACAGGAGAAGAAACGCCUCGCAAUGGCAGUGCGAGAACGUCAACUAGGCGCUCUGGGCAUGCGUAGUAACGAACGGGGGCAAGUGACGGCGCAGUGCUCGCUGACGCAGCAGGUGGCCGAGCUGGCGGAGGAGGCGGGCGCCGUGUGCUGCAUCUGCCGCGAGGGGUACAAGUACCAGCCCAGCAAGGUCCUAGGCAUCUACACGUACACGAAACGCUGCCCGGUGGAAGAGUUCGAGGUUCGCGCGCGCAAAACCCUGGGCUACACGACCGUGUCACACUACAACAUCGUGCACGUCGAGUGUCACAUGGCGGCCGUGCGGCUGGCACGCGCUCGGGACGAGUGGGAGAGUGCUGCUCUCCAGAACGCUUCAACCCGGUGUAACGGCCUGCUGCCGCUGUGGGGGCCACACGUGCCCGAGUCCGCCUUCGCCAGCUGUCUCGCCAGGCACACCACUUACUUGCAGGAAUGCACCGGCCACCGCGAUAUCGGCCACACAUGCACGGUACACGACCUGAAGCUGCUUCUCCUGCGUUUCGCCAGAGGACGCACCUUCCACGACGACACGGGCGGCGGCGGACCUCUCUCCAAUAUGCAGUUGGCGCCAGCCCUUAUACAUAUGGCGCUUUACGUCAUCAACACGAGUCGCGUGGCGGCCCGCGAGGUUUCCGCGCUGGAGUCGUCGCUGGGCUGGGCGCCGGCGCGCCUGCUGGAGUCCGCGCACGACGCCGAGGGCGCGCUCUACUUCCUCACGCUCAGUCUGCUGCUCUACCCGCACGCCAAAUGGCGCUCGGUCCGCGUGGAGCACCUAAAACGCCUGCUGCUAACCGGCCACGUGCGAAGCGUGUCUCCGGCCGGGCCCGCCUUACGCUCGCUGCCGGCCGAGCACCGCGCGCCCAAGCCCUGGCCCGACUACAAGCCCUACGCCGUGUUCGUGGCCGUGGUGGACCAGCUUUACUCCGUUAUGUUCAAGAACGUGACCGCGACGACCGUAGACCAAUGGCCGGUGAAGCUGGCCGAGUACAUCCGCCACAACGAUGAAGCCAACGCGAAAGCGGCCGAGAAGAUCGUCACCACGCUCACGGACGAGCUGCUGCCCUGCGCCUCCUUCGCGGAGUUCUGCGACGCCGCCGGCUUCCUGGAGGACAUCCCCGAACCCGACGCCUUCCUGCAGGCACUCCUCGACGAACAGCCUUGAGGAAGGCCUUUCGUGCCGCAAUGCCUCAGUUACAACGGAUGCAUGGCAUGUUAAUCGUCACACACCCCCCCCAAAAAACUAUACUAGUGUCAUACCCAAAAUAAACAGCAUUUAUCCUACUAAUAUUGUAUUUAUAAAGUUUGUGAGUAUGUCAGUAUGGAUGUUUGUUACUCUUUCACGCAAGAACUAUAACGAUGAAAUUUUGUAUGUAGGUAGCUGAAGACCCAGAAUAACAUAUAGGCUACUUUUCAUCCCGGAGUCCCCGCGGGAAUGCUUCCACGCGGAGGAAGGCGGCCUCUAGUAUAGUUAUAAAUACCCACGCUUCGUGCCUAACAAAGUGCAACGUAAAUAGCCUAAUUUGUUAAAUGAUGCGGCGACCGCGACGCGUCAACACGUCCCUUUCACCGCUCUGGGUCAAGGUUUAGUCAUAUAUUAUUGUAAUAAUCCACAUUAAUAAAUGUCACUUGUAACAAUUAAGUAUAUUCAAUGCGUGUAGCCAAUUAAAUUGUUCGGUUUGUCCUCGUGUAUCCACUUGUAUUUGGCGCUUAACUUCUACAGCUUUGUGUUGAUAAUAAAUACUUUCUGCUUCAAA